AUGGGCCACCCGAAGCAGAACAGACCCCUCAAAAAACUGACGGCAGCUCACCAAAACAGCGUUGACCAAGACGACGGCGACGACGACGACGACCUCAGUGGUGAAGGAGAGCAGAGCAGGAGGGACGGACGGACGCGCGCAGGAGCGGUGGAGAUUGAAAUGUCGCCCGUGUCCGCAAUGUCGCCCCGCCGGACGUCGGCGGACAACCUCACUGAGAACGGGCGAAUACCAUCCGGGCGCCAGCCAGGAUCACUAGAAAGCGGGGAACGGCCUUCAAACUUGGUACACCAUCACCCCCGGCAUCGCCACCGCCGCGCACCCGACCACGCCGCUCCCACACCUUCCGACCCCACUGCCCGCCGCCAAGCCUUCCUCCUCCUCCUCUGCCUCGUCCCCGAAUCCAUCCUCGAAGCCAUGCUCGUCCCCCUCUACCCCUUCAUCGUGCGCUCCCUCCCUGGCAUCCCAGCCACCCAAACGGGCUAUUACACCGGCUUAUUAGGCUCGGCCUUUUACGCCCCUUUGCUCGUCACCAACAUCUUCUGGGGCCACCUGUCCGACCGGCACGGCCGCAAACCGGUGUUGAUGAUGGGAAUCGCGGCGGGCGGAGCUGCGGCGACGAUGUUGACGUUUGGGAGAUCGUUUGAGGUUAUCUUGGUCGGGCGGUUUGUUGCGGGCCUGUUUGGAGCCAACUCGACGGUGACAAAGGGGAUGCUGGGCGAGUUGUUUGUGGAUGAGAGCGGGAGGGGAUGGGCUUAUGCGAUGUACGGCGUGCAAUAUGGAGUCAGUGGGAUCCUCGGCCCGUUUUUGGCCGGAUUACUCGUUGAUCCUGCGACCAAGUGGCCUGGCGUGUUUGCAAGCCCGUGGUGGAAGGAACGACCGUUUGCCCUUGCGUGCGGCGUUGGGGUCGCGUUGAUGUGUCUCGGAUUCCUCCUGCUCACGACCUGCGUGCAUGAGCCGCGAAAGGCGCGCGUCGGGAGUUACGCGAAGCUGGACGGCGGCGACGAAGACCUCGACAUCGACGGUGAAGAAAUCGACGAUUUCAUGGACCAGGACACCGCAGCCGCACACCUCUCCAAAUCAACCACCCUCAAACCGUCUGGUGACACCGACCCAACCCCUUCCCCACACCACCCAUCCUCCCUCUCCUCCCUCGACUCCGACUCCGACACCGAGGACCCCGCCUUCAUCCCCACCGUCCAAUCCUCAACAUCCCUCCUCAUCUCACCAUCACCACGCCCCUCCUCAACCUCUACCCACCAUACCCCCACCAACGCGCGAUACCCCCUCCUAACCCGCCAAACCCUCCUCCCCAUUGCCUUCUACUGCACAAUCGCCUUCGUCAACAUGAUGGAUUACGCCGCUCUUCCACUAUUCUUCUCUUCCGGUUACAUCGCCCCCUCCUCCCCCUCCCAGGGGUCACCACCCCAACCGCCCAGUGAUACCCCGCAACCGAUAAUAGGCCUCCGCCUCUCCCCCACAACAACAUCCCUAUACCUCUCCACCAUCGCCAUCACAAAGCUGGUCACGCAGCUGGUGUUGUUCAGACCUUUACUGGCGAAAUUGGGGAAAUGGGGCGCGUUCAGGGCAGGCGGCUGGUGUUUCUGUGUCGGGAAUGCCGGGGUUGCGGUCUUGGUCGCCCUGUUUGCCAACACCUCCGCGACCCAGUCCCAGCAACACCCUCUCCAUGCGGAGAGGAUACCACCACCCCAGCAACAACCGGAACCCCACGAUCUGUUGUUUCUCUACAUCCUCCCCCCGCUCCUCACCCUCGGCCUCGCGGAAGUCGCGGGUUACCUCUCCAUCAUCAUCCUCAUCACCGACUCCGUGUCCCCGCUCUACCUCGGUGCCGCGCACGGUCUCGCUUCCACUUGUGCGGCCGGGGUACGGGCGGUGGCGCCGGGGGUGGCCGGGAGCGUGUGGGAGUGGGGGAGCGGGGUUGUGGGGUAUACGGGAGGUGGAGCGCACGGGUGGGUGGGGUGGGGGAGUGUGGUGUUUGUAGGCGCGGCCGGGGUGGCGGCGGGGGUUGUCGGGUUGGUUGGGUUGGUUAAGUAG